GGCCAAUUGAUCCCAGCCCUGGCCCGCGAGUUUCCCACAUGCAGGGGCGGGUAUCGUCCCGGGCCCUCUACGUGCAGUCCAAGGGGCUUGAGGUGGCUGACAGCUCAGACGAAGUCCAAGAGAAGCCGUGCUUGUCACCCCGAGUCGUGUGGCUGGCCCUUUGCACUUCUGCGGUCGUCCUCCUGGUACUGAAGCAGGUGCUGCCUUGUCGGAAGGAAGUGCCCGCUGCUACCUGGGACAGUUCUAACAAGUACACGCUGAAUGCCUCCCACGCGUCGCUUCGCGACAAGUCGAAGCCACCCCUGCCGCUGCCCAACAUCACGCUGGCCGACCAUGCGCUUCGGGGUGCUGGGAGCACUGGGCACGACGGUUGGCCCAGUUCUGCUGAAGCUCGGCCAGGUUCUAAAGAGUACACGCUGAAUGCCUCGCACACGUUGCCUGCCAACAAGACGCUUGACGACUAUGCCCUGCGGGGACAUGCGAAGCAUGCGAGCGCUGGGCUCCAACACCAUGGUCGGUCCAGUUCUGCUGAAGCUCGGCCAGGCCCUGCCAAGAUUUGGCCUUCUGUCCGCGAGGUUUGGCAGAAUAGAUCUUCCAUGUUUUGCUUUCUGGUAGCCACCGAGCCCGAAAUGCCUCUCAUUCGAUGGCAGUUCCGCCAUGGCGCCGGGCUCUUUGGAUGCAGCUCCUGGGCCGUGUACUCUGUAGCCCCGGCACCGCUCUUUGUGGGGCUCUUUCCCAACGGCACCGAGGAGUGGUCCACACCUAUCCCAGGCCCUGCUGCAUUCUGGGGCACUCAGUACUUUUGGGGCUGCGACCAGCCCAAGAAGUACCUCAUGAAUGCCAACAUCAUGGUGCGCGCUUGGGAGAAAACGCACGAGCAGGGCUUUGCAGGAGCGCACUCGUGGAUCGUCAAGAUGGAUGCUGACACCGCGAUGAGUGCGCCAAGGCUACGCAGGCUCCUUGACCAAGUAGGACAUGACAAGGCCAACGAGCGUCCGGGAUGGUUCUUCAAGAACUGCCAGGUCAUGAACUCGAUGCAGGGCUCUCUGGAGAUCAUGUCCCGCCAAGCCUUCUACCUCUUCGCUGCCAAGAGGAGCGAGUGUCAACAAAGAAUGGAUUGGUGGCAUAUGGGCGAGGACAUCUUCAGCUUCCACUGCCUUGCCUGGCUGGGCGUCAAGCCAAUGCGGCUGGCCGAGGGGCUCUUGGACACUUACUGCGCCAACUCCAGCGGAUGUGCGCGGGAUGACCGCUUGCCCAACUGCUCGGUCUACCACGCGGCCUUCCACCCGUUGAAGACCCUAGACCAGUACGUGAGAUGUUGGAAGGCGAUGGGGCAAGUCGACAGCAGCAAAGGGCUCGUGCUUCCGCGGCGCGCGUGACGCGCGGCUGUCCUUGGAGCCUCCCUCUUGUUUGCAUGGGCCCCACUUCGCAA